AUGUCCGAUUUAGACACCCUUCUUGCCGAAUAUACAAAUAAAGAGAACCUCGAAAGUUCACGGCGUGAUAUGCAAAGUCGAAACGACAUAAACAGCAAAGUAUCGAAAAAGGGGCUUAUCGAAAAUCUCGAUGAGCCGCUCACCGAUAUUCUGCCGGAGUUUGAUGGGAUACAGAUCUUGAUAGAUCCAAAAGAGCGGAGUAUCAAGACAAGUUUCGCGGUGGACGGACGUUCCGUGUUAUAUAAUCUGCCCCUUAUCUUCCAGCAUGGGAAUGGUUGGUGGUACGGGUGUAGUCUUGACUGGGCCGGUGUUGUUAUCAGUCGUUUACGCCAUGGGACGUCAUUGGAAGAUUACUUCGUUGAGUACAUAUGGAAGAAGCUCGGGCUUUCUGCCCCGUUUCCCAGAUUCAAUAUUUCGCGGUAUCCGGAGUAUAAGGCGAGGACAUUACAUGGUGUUCGUCGUACGGUAGUCGAUGACGGGAUUAAGCUAGUUUCCUGCGAUACGUGGGCAUUUGAUAAUCCCGAAGAUCGGGAUGACGGCAGUGGACUGUCGUCAACAACAAGGGACUUUGUCGCUGUUCUCGCGGAUUUGGUUUCGAGCCCACCUCGACUCCUGAAACUCGAGACCCUGACGGAGAUGUUUACACCACAACUUUUUAGCGAUGGACCUGGGGUACGAAUGCUGCUAGAUUUGAGAGUGGCAUGGGAUAACUUCGCUGGACCUAUAUCAGCGGAAAAUGUCAAUCACGGUCUAAGUGGUUUAUUGUGUACGGGACCUGUACCUGAGAUCAAGCAACCGGGAAAUAUGCUUGUAUGGGGCAGAGCUACAAAUGCUAUUUGGUGGGCGAAUAAGGGGUUGGGCGUUGCAGAGUUUUUGCGACUCAGCAAACGCCGUUUGGGAAUGAGACGGUUAAUACGUUGUUGA